AGCUGUGCGGGAAACCAGACCAUGCAGUGAUAAAAUGGUGGUUCAGCGUUAGGAACUUUGGUAAAACUUCCAGCAGAAAAACUCGUAAAAUGUGAACUUAACAAGCAAUAAGCUGGUCCGAAUUUGACACCCAUGUGCCGUGUAAUGUGUCAAGUCAUUGUAUGAGUAGGAUUUUCCGUCCUAGUUAGUCGGUGUGCUUCUUUGUAAGAGUCUAAGAAAGAGCUCACCCAUUGGGUGUCGAAAGGCAUUGUCAUGGCAGGUGACUUUUGCAUUCGAAUGGUUCUUACCAACAACUGUAGAAAGGAAUGGAUCAAGAAGGCACUAGAGGCAAUCAAAAAUGCAGGCCUGCCUACUGAAAGAUGCGUUGACAGUGUAGUAAUGAAUCUAACAAAGCGAGACAGCAACAUGUAUGUGUGUGACCCGUUUGAAGGAGAAGCAUUCAACCAUCUCCUGGAACUGGGUUGCAGAAUUGUCGGUCCUCAGUGUGUGCUGUGGUGUCUUGAGAAUGACAAGGCUGUGCCGAAGGUAGACCACCCCAUCUAUAGCAUGAGUAUGCACAAUGUUACUAUCAGCUGCUCAAAUGUUGAGAGGAGUCACAGGGAUAGGAUACACAGAUUGGUUCAGCGGAUGGGUGGAACAGUUGCAAAGAAUUUUACAGACACUGUGACGCAUCUCAUAGUCGGUGAGGUGGGCUCCAAAAAAUACCAUGUAGCUGCCAGUCUCAACACACCUGUCAUGCUCUCUGACUGGGUUGACAAGUGCUGGGAGAGGGGAAAAGAAAGGUACAUGUGUGCUACGGAUGAGGAUGUAAUGAUUGAGUUCAGUUGCCCCGUAUUCAGCGGCUGCGUAAUUUGCGUGACGGGCCUUGAGAGUGAUGAGAGACGAGACAUACGAAUGCUUGCUGAUGAAAAUGGUGGCCAGUACACCGGGGAGAUGAAAUUCAAUGAAUGCACUCAUCUGAUUGUCAACAACCCCAAGGGUCCAAAAUACGAAUUCGCGAGGAAAUGGAAAAUCCACUGUGUGAAUUCUAAGUGGUUCUUUGACAGUGUUAAGAAAGGUUAUUGUCAAGAUGAGAACCUUUAUCGCGUUGUGGCUGACGUCCAGGCUACGUCCACCCCAAUCAGAGUAGGAGACAAUCCAAGACUAAGUUCCAGGCCCUCCGUGGCUAACUUCAGUGCAAUCAGUAACGUCAGCAUGGUCUCCACUGUGGAUGACACGGCCAUGACAGAAGCUGCCAUCUUAGUGUCUGAGCAGCACACUACAAUGAAAGAAUUAGACGAGUUGGAUUUGACAUCAGCCAAUGCGGGCCUGUUUCUGGAUGGGUGCAAGGUAUUUCUGAGUGGUUUCUCUGGGGUUCGUUUGGAGAAACUCCGUAAGAUCAUCAACGCCGGGGGCGCUACCCGCUUUAACCAGAUCAAUGAGAGCGUAUCCCACGUUGUCCUGGGAGACAGGGUACCAGAGCACGUCGCCUUGUUAACACAGUCAACACACAGGCCCCAUGUUGUGAGUGCAUCGUGGCUGGUAGAUUGCUUCAAACAGUCUUGUCAGCUACCAGAAGAGUCCUACAUCUGUCUAGACUUGCCGCCAGUCCCCUCAGCAUCACCUGCUACACAUUCAAAAUCUGAGAAAUCACGGAAGUCCUUGGCAUCAAGGAGCAGCAGAAACAAGGAAGGUACCAAGCAGUCCGUCAGCAUGGCGGGGGAGGGAGAGACCAUGGCUGAAGAUGCUGAUGUCAUGCAGCAGUACCUCCCUGGAAAAUCGGAUCCUAAUGAAACAACCAACGAUUCGGAGAUCGUGUUCAAGAUGCCACAGGGAGAUGACGAUCUGACAUCGACACGAGUAGAGGCAGCAGGGGAGGAGGAUGAAACACAAAUGGAGGAGGAACCAGAGGAGGAGGAUGUCACAGUGAUCGAAGAACGAGUGGAUGGUUUUUUCUCCGGCAAGACCUUUGUCAUUCUGGGUUUCCCUCCGGACCAAGAAGAGCAGAUACUUGAAAUGACUGUUGGACAGGGAGGUAAAGUUAAGACUGCAGGUGCCCGCUGCGUGGCAGACAUUGCUGUGGUACCUAUCAACGGCUGUGAUGUGAACGUUGACGUGGGGGAGGUAGUGUCCAACUGCUGGCUGCAGAUGUGCCUAGAAGAGGCCCAGUUCCUGGACCCAGCCUCUAACCCCCUAUUCAAACCGAUCAUGAUCAUGGAGGAUGCCAGUCCUCUGAGUGAUUGUGUGCUGACAGUCAGCCAGUAUUCCGGCGUGGAGCGGGACUGCCUGGUCCACAUUGCAGAGCUCUUGGGAGCCAGGUGCCAGGAAUACUUCUCCCGGAAGGCAGCCAACGAACUGAGACCCAACACUCAUCUCCUGCUGAGAGAAGCAAACGGCUCCAAAUACAAAGCCGCCAAGAAAUGGAAAGUCCCUGCUGUCACCAAAGAUUGGCUGUUGGAGAGCGCCAGACAGAACAAGCGGCAACCAGAAAACACAUACCUCGUUGAUUUGGUGCAGGACCAGCAAAAUCACAGUAAACCAGAUGAUCAGGCAGUAACGCAAAGAGUAGAUCAAGUUCCGCAGGCCCCUGACGUUGGUAGGAUCCCACGUGCAACGGAACUAGAGGAAGUUCCUCCUCUGAAAAAUGCCCCAGAAAAUCAGCCUGCAGUCCAUGAAAUCCAACCCAAGGAACACACAGUGGCGGAAGUCAAGAAAGACAGAAGAACUACCAUCAGGCCUGAUGCCAACCCAACACAGGAGAAACAGCGUAGCUUACCAGAGUCAAAGGCAUUACACAGUGGAAAUAAGGAGAAUAAGCAUGGUACGGUUGCAAUGGACAUGCCCAGGGAUACGCCCGUCGUUAACAAACACUUGGCAGUUUCUGGCAGCGGUGCUGCUGUGUCCAAGGAUACGCCUAGUAAGUUCCUGCGGGAGGGUGCGGUCUUCCACCCGGCCUUCGACACCAAAGAGGCCUUGGAGUUUCUGGAGUCGCCAGCUGGACUGCAUCCUAAGAGACGCCACGCGAGGAAAUCGAGCUUGCCCCUGGACGAUUUCUUCCACAUGAACGUUGCCAAGGCCAUACAGAAAAGUGGUGAGCAGGCCACAGAAGGGGAGGGCAAUGACUCAGUCUUUCAUGAACAGGUCAAAUCCCAAGGCAUUUUGGACGGCCUUGUCAUCUGUGUCAGCAAGAAGCUCAUUGCUAAACAGAGAGACUAUAAUGCGGCCGCUGUUGCACUGGGCGCUGAAUUCCACUGGACAUUUGAUGACACGUGCACACAUUUCAUCUUCAAGGGUAGAAAUAAUGACACUUCUAAAGAGUUUCGAGCGGCCAGGGAUAAAGGAAUGUUUAUCGUUUCACCAUUCUGGCUCCUUGCGUGUGAAGAGGAAGAGAGGCGUGUUGAUGAAGCAAGCUACCCGCACACAUUCAACCCAAAGAUGAGUUUGUCCGUUCUGUCGACCAGACUUGAGACCCCAUCGCGCACCCCUGCAAGACCAACUCGGCAAACCCGCAGCAUGGCACGCACCCCUCACCCCCCACCACCCCCUACCCCUCAACCCCUUCAAGAUGAGACGGCCAUGGACGGCUUUGGUGAGGGCUCCACCGACAGCGAAGAUGAAGAGCUGCUGAGGAUGGUGGAGGCGGCUGAGAGAGGAGAAGAAGAUGGAGGGACGGUGGGAGGCGGGGAGGAGGAGCAGGGGUCAGGGGUCAAUGAUGACCAGGGGUCAAUGGAGCAGAAGGAGAAUCUACAGAAGCAACUGGAAGGGAUUAUGUCAUCCACUAUGAAUACAAGGGGCAGCAGAAGGCGCAGCAGGAUUCACAAGGCUAGUACCUCUGGAGCCAACGCCUCAUCUAGUAAUACCUCAGGGAGGGAUAGGCCCACUAGCAGAGGCAGCGAUAGACGCACCCGCUCCAGCCGAGCCAUGGCUCAUGGUGACGAGGGUGGUCAGGGAGGCACUGGCACAACGCUGACAGUCCGUCCACCAGAUCUUCACCACGAGGCAUCCCAGAAUGUCCAGAUCACCUGGGAUGAUCCUACGGGCCGCAAGGAGCGUGAGAAGAUUAUGGCUCAACUGAAGCGGUCGUGCAGUCCCUCGCAGAACAGCGCGGAGAUGGAGGAUAGGAACGUAUGGAUGAAUGAAGAGGUCACACCAGACAAGUCCAGAGUCUCCAUCCAGGAGCUGGGGCACAGCCCGGCAGUCUCCGCCUUACACAGAGAGGACUCCAGGGAGGCACACCCGUCCCCCACCCCACGGGCACCCCCUAUCCGUCUGCCUGUGGCCAAACCCCCUGUGGCACCCCAGCCUGUAGAGGUGGAACAAGAUGAACCAGAAAUCGAGGUCCAGACAAAGCCGCGGCUGAAAUUCCUCUUGUCAGGCAUGAGACAAGAGGAGAAGAUCGAUUACAGUGCCCUCGUGGAACAGCUGGGUGGGGAGGUCAAAGACGAAAUGUACUUUGACCCCAGCUGCACCCAUCUAGUAGUUGGUAACCCUACUCGUAAUGAGAAGUACCUUGCCUCCUUGGCCAGCGGUAAAUGGGUACUGCACAAGUCCUUCUUUGAAGCUUGCCGCAAGGCAGGAGAGUUUGUUGAGGAGGAGCCGCAUGAGUGGGGUAGUGCCACUGAUCUCAGUACACUGAGUGAACAGACUGUCAGGCUGGCUCUGGCUGCAUGCAGAUGGCGUCAUCAACUACAGCAUAAACAAAAGUUUACGGGAGAGGACCGAGACUUUGAGGGGGCAUUCCAUGGCUGGAGAGUGGUCCUGUACAUCGACCGAAGCAAGGAAUCUAGCUUCAAAAGGAUCCUACUGGCAGGUGGGGCAAAGGUCAUGGGUAUGCGACCUCCAUUCAGUAACCUGCAUGACGUUACCCAUGCAUUCAUGGACCUGCAGAAGACAAAGACUCCUGAAGGCGUGCUGGACCUGGAGGCUAUAGCCUCGGCUGGCAUCCUGUGUCUGAGACCAGAAUACAUAGCAGAUUUCCUCAUGCACGAUCCAGUACCCGACCAUACCAACUACUUCAUCAAUGAAAUCAAACCAAUCAUGGAAAGUAUUUCUGGGAAUCACCACCACACUCGUAGCAGUCGAACCCCGUCCAAAAGGAAAAGACAUGAUGCCGCCCAGACACCAAAGAGCAAAAAAGGUCGAGUGCGUUGAUGAACCUACGGUCCUCAUGAAAGAUUUGACGUUAGUUGAUUUACCCCCGGAAGAUGAAAAUACACCUGUACUGAAAUUCUUCCUUUGAAACGGGUAUCGGCCUUACCAGACCAGGAAGUGUUGUAGUCCAGUACUUUCAUCCAAUUGCAAAGUGCUACUGAGUACUAAGCCUAUCAAGUACCCUUGGUACCCGAGUCCAAGAACUUGGACCAUCGAGUACAAGUGUUUUGCCGCCAAGUACUUGAACCUCUGAGUACGAGUACUUGGACCCUCGAGUACGAGUACUUUAUCAAGUAUUCAAUUGAGUACAAGUAACAUCUCAAAACAGUUAUUCAGCAGCACAACGGAAAUUGAUCCUCUAUCGAUAAAACCGUGCGCGUGCAUCUCCAAGUGAGGACAUUUUGUUCAUUCAAAACUAAAUUACUUAAAUUUUCCUUAUAGUUGAGUACGAGCACUUUGAGGAUAGAGUAUGAUAAUGGAGUCCAGGUACUUUGCUUGUCAAGUACGAGCACUGUGAAGUCGAGUUCGAGUAUUUUGAAGUACGAGUGCAAGUACGAGUAUUUUAAAAGAAUUCCUCCAGUUGUACUCGAGUAAAGAGUACUACAGGACUGGUACAAGGAUAUGAGCUCCAUGCGCCAACGAAAGAGGGCACCCUUUUACCUAGCAACGAAAUCCCAUGAGCGGGACAUUUAGCUGAUUGACGCGCACCGUUCCUUGUGUGUGACGCACGUACACCAGGGAAUUGUGCACGCAGUGGUUCGGCUGCGCGUCGCGGCAAAAUUGCAGUCAGGCAAAAUGUGUACUUUGUUUGCCGGUGAGGGGGGGGGGGGGGUACUUGUGAACAGAGCGGAUACCCCACAUUAGAAAUUAAACAAACCAUCUUCAGGUUUUUUCAUAAACUCUUAGUAUAAUUUACAGAAUUUUGUUGUUUUCUUUAUUGAAACACUGUAGCGAAAUACUGUAACACGAGGAGUCACGUUCAUUCCAAGGCCAUGGGCUGGAUGUUUAGUUAUCAAUUUUGACUGUUGGUCUAUGAGAAACUCCAAUUUCUUCCUUAAUGCAAUUUCCACAAUGCAGUGUUGCAUGUACUCUGUCCACGGAAAACCUGGUUUAAGUGAAAAUGUUACAUGAGACAUUUUGCUCAAACACAACUAUGUACACGUAUAAACGCUGCUUUUAGAGCAUUAAAUGAAUGAAUGAAUGAAUGCAAAUUUAGCUUGAUGCUGAAUUUUGAACAUGAUUUGUAAUUGUUGAUGGACAUUGUCCAUUGUGUGAUAUUCUGUACAUUUCUGGUAGCUGCUUCCUGUUGACCACAAAUUGUAUUGCUAUUUAAAUUUGUAUUCAAUUUAAAUAAAGUGACAAAAGAAAUAUCUUGAUAAUUUAAUUCAAUCUUUACUCAAGUUGUUUUUCUGCAUGUUUGAAAGUAUUGUUGAAUGCAUGUUAAAUCCAUGUUACUCAGUUCUGAUAGUAACAUGAUUAAGAAUGAUUGAUUCCGACAGGCAUGCAACUUUUCCUCUGGUCAGCUGAUUUCCUCUUUCUUUAUUCCCAUUUCUGCCAUUCAAAAUUAAAACACUUUACAAAGUCUUCCGAA